GAACUUUCAGCAGAAGCACAAAACGAACCCAUAGUGCGAGACAAAGUGGUGAAAGCGUUGGAAGUUCUGGACCUGCAGGAUGCAAAAUUGCACUUGGACGGGGCCGAACUGUCCAAAUACUUCGCUGGAAAAUACUUGGAUGGCGAGCUUUAUGAUGGUGGAGGUUACACGGAGGAUGUCGUGGAAGAGCUUUUCACAUACAAAUACGACACCACAGAUGGCGCAAUGUUCGUGUGGCAGUUUGCUUUCGACCUGCGUUCAUUUGGUAAACCUGACGAACCAUUUACGAUCUUAUACCAUUACACUAACAAGCUGUGCUUUCAAAAUGUGGGCAAUGUGGAUCAAUCUGCUGCGGAGUUGUUUGCUUCUUUGGUGGACUCGCGUGCGCACUUCGGAAAGGGUGUCUACACCACCCAGCAUGAGCCAGCUGUAUGGAACUCAAUGGCCCGAGUGCUGUUGAACAACUACAGCAACGAGAAUCCAUUGCGCCGCGACUUGACGGACGCAGAGUCGCUGAGAGUUCUCCAGGAAUGGGGAGCCACCAAUCCGUCGGGUCAUCGCGGAGAGUUCUGCAUCCCACUGAUCGUUCCGGAUUCCAUGGCAUUCAACAUCUUUCACCGGCAGACGCCCGACAUGGCAGAAAGGCAGAUUUGGGAUCCCUGUGAGCAGCAAGACCGUGGCAUUGCUCUUGGUCAGGACUACAAAGGGCGUGCCGUGCAUCGCAACCGGGACGUGUGGGUCGUCAGAAUUGCGGAUGCAUCCGGCGAGCUGCAGCAUGCCGCUGCUGAUGCAGACGGGUUGCUGGAUUUGCUGCAGCGGCGUUUGUCAAACUUGCGGGAGAGAUUGGGGAACGAAGACGUCCGAACGCUCAAGUGCAUGUUCGACCUGGCAGUGAGGUUGCAAGGUCGAGCUAGGCUCAAAGAUGCAGAGUCUUUGUAUCGCGAAUGCUUGCAGGGUCGUCGGAACAAAUUGGGUGACGAGCACCCGCAGACGCUUGAAAGCAUCAACAACUUGGCAGUGCUUUUGCAAAAGGAAGGUCUGCUGGAGGAGGCGGAGCCCUUGUACCGUGAAGCCCUGGAGACAUGCAAGGCCCAGCUGGACGAGGACGAUCAGGGGAUUUGGCUGAUCAUCAACAACUUAUCUGUCCUCCUCCAAGACUUGGGAAGAUUUUCCGAGGCCGAACCCCUUCUUCGAGAAGCCUUGGAAAAGCGAAGGGCUCUUUUGGGCGAGGAGGAUCAGAAAGUCUUGACCAGCACCAACAACUUGGCAGUGCUAUUGUACAUGCAGGGAAAGCUGGGCGAAGCUGAGCCGUUGUUUCGUCAGGCCAACAAUAUGUGCAAGACUCUAUUGGGCGAUGUUCACCCUCAGACGCUCAGCAGCUUCAACAACCUCGCUUGCAUCGUGCAGCAGCAGGGCAAAGUUAAAGAGGCGGAAUCCCUGUUCCGCGAAGCUUUGGGGAAGUGCCAGGCAAAACUUGGUGACAGUCAUCCCGCAACCUUGGACAGCUUGAACAAUCUCGGUUUACUGCUUCUCAAAGAUCCGCAACGGCACGAGGAAGCUGAGUCCUUAUUGCGUGAGGCUCUUGAUAAACGCCGAGAGAUUUUCGGUGAGGAUCAUCCGGAGGUCUUGAAGAGCAUCAACAAUUUGGCCGGCCUCCUUCAACAGCGAGGCGGUGCAGCGGCGGCAGAGUCACUGUUCCGGGAUGCUUUGGAGAAGUGCCGAGACAAGUACCCGGAGAACCACCCGCAAGUUGUCGCCAUGAUCCACAACUUGGCGAAGGUUGUGUAUGAGCAGAGCCGUGUGGUUGAGGCGGAGGGGUUGUACCAGGAGGCGUUGCAAAACUGCUCAGGAGAACUCGGCGGAGAGCAUCCGGAAACCUUGAGCCUCCUGCACGACCUCGCGCAGCUUCUCCAGGAGCAAGGCAAAGCUGCAGAGGCCGAGCCCCUUUAUCGAAAGGCGCUUCAGAAGUGCCGGGAGAAAGGCGAGGAUCACCCACAGGUUCUGCCUUUCAUGAACAACCUGGCAAAGUUUCUUCACGAGCAAGGUCGCCUGGAAGAAGCGGCCCGAGGCAUCACAAAGAACUUGAAGAUCCCCGUGAAGUACAACACCAAGCAGGCGGCCUACUACAAGGAACGUCUCAGCCGACUCCUUGAGGGCAAAACGGAGCCCCCGCCGGACCCGGGGCGCUUCGACCCAGCAACCGGAGUUUCCGAGGCGCAGGGCGCGGAGCCACUGCCGGGAGAGACCACGGAGCAAUACAACGAAAGUGCUGACAACAUGGGAUUGGAUGGUUUGACGAACAUGGCCUCGGGGGCUGUGGGGGCGGUGGGCGGCCUCUUGGGGGGGGCGGUCGGCUUCGUGCGGAAGUCCGUGGUGGAAAACGAGAACCUGCAGGAGACCUUAAAGGGCACCGUGGGCUCCGUGGGCCAAGCGGCUAGUGGCGUGUGGGGACAAGGCCUCGGCAACAUCAGCGCUGGCAUCGGAAGCCUCGUGGAGGAUGAAGAUUCGGGUUGCGAGUACUACAUCUGCAUCAAGUGCUUCGAGAAGCCGGCAGCGUCCGCCAAGAGUUCCACCAAAGGGGGGAUGAGCUUUGACGACGAUUGGGGCGAAGAGGAAGAACCACCAAAAGAGGUGACAAAGGCGGACAUGGAUCGAAUGGCACGUGAAAUGGGGAUGAAGCUGACAGUCGAUGCGCCCCAGAGCAACGUGUCGACGUCAAACAAGACUGACAGCCCACAGAAGGCCUGCAGCGUGAAAGCCGAAAGCCAUGAAAACCACAAAACCCCCAGCUUUAGAUCCUCGACUCCGACCUUCCCAGCUCUUGGCAGGUUGUUAAAUCUUUUGCUUUUUUGGGGUUUGUGUCCAGGCUGCUCAGGCCCAAGCAGUAGUUAG